AUGAUGUAUGGAGGUGCUCACCUGACCACGGCACAAGUCUUCAUGGUGCCUUGUUUGCCACGAUUGGCAGGCACGGCUGCGCAAUGUCGGAUCCACUCCAAAGUCAAUGACUGGCCUUUCUUCACGCACUGGAUUGCAGAUUUCGUUUUCUGCCCUACAUCCCUUGACCAGAGCGAUCUCGAGAUGAAUUGGAGGGCCGCGUGCUGGAGAUCAUCGUCUGCUGGACGAACGGUCGCCGCGGGUUCAGUGAAAGAAGGGAGGGAACAGAUGGGGGAAGGAUGGGCGACAGGACGUUCUUGUUCCGUGGAUGUUUUGGACGAGGAUACUGGUCUACAACGGAAGUCAACUUCUAUUGAUCUUGAAGUUCACUCUGUUGGUUUUACAGUUUUACUGGAUGUGUGUCGACACAUGUUAGUCUUGUGUUGU